GACGAGGCUAUUUCAACCCAUCACAGCUUUCUUCUUCUCUCCCCCAUCCACACAAAAACAUCACAUCCACCUCACAAUGUCUACCGGCUACACCAUCCACGUCUCGGGCCUCUCGGCCACCACUGACGAGACCAAGCUCGCCGACUUCUUCUCCUUCUGCGGCAAGCUCACUUCCGUCAAGAAGUCGGGCACUGAGGCCGACAUCACGUUCGAGAAGCUCUCGGCUCAGAAGACUGCCUUGAUGCUCAACGGCGGUACUCUCGACGGCGCCCACCUCGAGGUCACGUCGACGACCCCCGAAGGAGAGACUGCCAAGAACGUCCUCCCCACCGGCGGACAGACGCCCACGGGUGCCACUCCCACGUUCGACCAGGAGGACAAGCCCAAGGCGGCUAUUGCCGCCGAGUACCUCGCCCACGGCUACCUCCUCGGCGACCACAUCAUCCAGAAGGCCAUCGAGGUCGACAACAAGCAGGGCAUCUCGACGCGCUUCCUCUCGUUCAUCAACCACAUUGACAAGCGCGCUGGUGAGCGCCUCGUCGGCGAGAACCAGACCGUCUCGGGCAACGUGCACGCCCAGGCCUCCCAGGUCUACUCCAAGGUCCGCGAGGCCGACCAGCAGCGUGGUGUCAGCACCAAGUUCCACGAGUACUACACCAAGGCGAUUGCUACGCCUGUUGGCCAGCGCGUGUCCCAGUUCUACACCGAGACCUCGAAGCAGGUCCUUGACGUCCACGAGGAGGCCAAGCGCAUUGCCAACCAGAAGAAGGGUGCCAGCCGCACCACGAGCCCCCCUCCUCCUCCCUCGGCCGCUGACGCCAAGGCGGCUGAGGCUGGCGCUUCCGCCCCCGCCCCCGCCCCCGCCCCCGCCCCCGCUGCCGCUGCCGCUGCUGCUCCUGCCGAGCCUGAGAAGGCUGCCGCUGCCGCCGCGACUGCCCCCAAGUCGUAA